CAACGGUGCUUCCGGUAGUGCGUGCAGUUUGAAGGAGUGAAAAUAAUCGACUAGUGUGCAGUUUUCUAGCAUUAACUUCAGGUUUUCUGUAUAUUGGCAUUGCCCUUAUUUUUUUUUAUUUGGGGGAGUAUCCACGUCGUGCGUGGAGGAGGGAUGGAAAAUUUCAUUCUUUACGAAGAAAUUGGACGAGGAAGCAAGUCUGUUGUGUACAAGGGGAGGAGGAAGGGAAGCAUUAAUUUUGUUGCCAUCAUUUGCAGCGACAAAUCAAAGAGGGCUGAAAUCACUAACCACGUACGUCUUACCCAUGACAUAAAGCAUGAAAAUGUAGUUUCCUUUCAUGAGUGGUACGAAACCAGCAACCACCUCUGGCUUGUGGUUGAGCUGUGUACAGGGGGAUCCUUAGAAGCAGUGAUUAGUCAGGAUGAAUGUCUGGAAGAAGAUGUUGUGUGGGAGUUUGGGAUCGAUUUAGUGAAAGGCCUGAAACACAUCCAUGAGCUUGGCAUCGUCUUCUGUGACAUCACCCCUGCAAAGAUACUGUUGGAUGGACCGGGAACGCUGAAGUAUUCUAAUUUCUACUUGUCUAAAGCAGAAGGAGAAAACCUUGAGGAGUUCUUUGCUUUAGUUGUGUCUGAGGAAGGUGGUGGAGAUGGUGGAGAAAGCACACCAAGAAGAAACAUCAAGAACAGAAUUCAAGGAUCUCCAAUGUAUGCAGCUCCAGAAGUUGUGAAGGGCGGAGAUUCAGGCAUUGCUAGUGAUUUCUGGGCCUUGGGGUGCAUAUUUUAUGAGAUGUUUUCAGGAAAGCCUCCGUUCUUGUCUGAAAGCUUUUCAGAGCUGGUUGAGCUGAUUUUACAUGAAGAUCCACCACCCCUUCGAACAAAGGGUGUGACCCUCCCCAAACCUACCCGCGAGUUUCAGAGUCUGUUAGAUGGUUUGCUUCAGAAAGAUCCCAGUAAAAGGCUAAAUUGGUCAGAUUUGCUGAAACACCCGUUCUGGAAAGGAGCUUUUAUCAGGGGCCAAGACAGUUCUGUGCAAGAUCCAUCCCUUUGCUCAAGCAGCACCACAGAAGGCAGUGGAAGCUUUCUCCCCUGCAGAGUGUUACCUGAGAGCCCUGCUGAUGUCCCUUUACAGGGAUCAAGAGUAGGCCUGGACAGCAGCCAGCUGUUAAACAAGUCCUACACAUUAGAUAAUAUGGCUGAAUUCAGACCAAAGAGUGGUCUUGACAGAGAUGCCAGUGAAUCCAUUUUUCUUCUCAGUUCACGUCCAACACCAAGAACAAGCAUUGCAGUGGAAGAUUCUGUGCAGAAGGCAACCAAAUUGCAGAAUAGUGUGUCUGAUACCAACUUGAAUGAUCUUAAUUCCAGAAUUAAGGAGUUAAUAUAUACUGACUCUGACCUUGUUGUGACUCCAAUCAUUGACAAUCCUAAGAUAUUGAAACCAGUUCCUGUGAGGUUUGACGCGAAGACGUUGAGUGUCCAUGCUUAUUCAGCCGAGAAGCUGGCGUCUCUGAGUGAUAAGGAGUGGGGCAGCUUCCUGCAACAGCUGUCCUCGUCUCUGGAAUCUGGCGAUAGGAACGCUGGAGCUCCCCGGACCAAACUGAACCUGCUCUGCUAUCUUUGUACUGUGUCUGGUCAUAAGGAAGUAGCCACGAGGUUACUAAACUCUCAGCUGUUCCCAUUGUUAAACCAGCAGCUGCGCACAGCUCCUAACUGGGAUGUGCGUGCCAAGGUAAUCCGUGUUAUUGGGCUACUGUCCUCCCACUCAGUGCAGCUGAAUGAAGACGUGCCUGUUUCAGAAACAGUUGCUGUGUUCACUGAGCUGAUCAGAGAAAACUUUAGAAACAGCAAGCUGAAGCAGUGUUUACUUCCUUCACUGGGGGAACUCCUCUGCCUUAUUAUAAACCAGGAGGAGAAGAAAGAGCACUCCAGAGACUGCUGGGCCAUUCCUUCAGCCGCCUACACUGUGCUAAUGAGGUGCCUUCGGGAAGGGGAGGAGCCAGUUGUCAAUCACAUGGCAGCAAAAAUUGUGGAAAAUGUGUGCACCACAGUCUCCUGCCACUCACAAGGCCUCAUCACUGGAGAGAUAGGGCCCAUGCUCUGGUACCUCUUCACACACUCCACUGUGGAUUCCUUGAGAGUCACUGCCAUUUCGGCUUUGUGCCGGAUAACGCGUCACUCUGCCAGCGCUUUUCAAAGCGUUAUUGACAAAGUGGGCCUGCCAGCUGUAUUGAGCACCCUGGUGUCUGGAAUCAGCCGUGUUCAGCAGUAUAUGCUCACCAUGUUCACCGCAAUGCUGUCGUCUGGGGUCCACUUGCAGAGAUUGGUUCAGGAGAAGGACUUUGUCAUGAAGAUCAUCCGAUCCUUAGAGAGUCCUUCGGCAGUCAUACGUGCAAAGGCUUUCCUGGUGCUUUUACAGGUUCUGAUGAACAACAGGGAGAUGCUGCUGUUGUGCUGUAAUUCCAGACUGGUGAUGUACAUUGAAAGAGACAGCAGAAAGGCCACGCCAGGGAAGGAACAACAAAGCAGCAAUGAAUACCUGUCAAAAUGCCUGGACCUGCUCAUCCGUCACAUUGUGCAGGAGCUGCCAGCGGUUCUAGGGGAUGUCCUUUCUGCAUUAGCGAAUAUUUCAGGCCGAAAGCAUCCAUCAACUGUACAAGCAAAACAGUUAAAGCAGUGUCUUCCCAUGAUGGGUGUAGUACUUCAUCUUCUGACAUCACAGAUAUUUAGGCCACAGGUUGCAAAAGAGGAGUUUCUGUUCAACUUUGGGACACUUUUGCAUCAUCUCAAGUCCAUAGACUCCUGUGAGACCAGCUUGGAUAGUGCAGUAGGACAAGCAGCCUCAGAAGAUCUGUUCAGGAGCACCCUGUCAGCACUCGAAGCAGUGACACAGCACCCAGCACUGCUGACGCAGUACCAUUCGACUGUUGUGGACUCCAUCCUCCCGCCUUUGGCUUCGCUCGCGGUCAGCAGAAACGCGGAGUGGCGGGUCUGCAGCUUGCGGGUGCUGUCGGAGAUAACGCUGCUGCUGGUGAACCAUGAGGCUGUGGAAAAAGGCGAGACUCUCAACUCCAACAGCAGACUGCUGGCUCUCAUUACAGAGGCCUUGUUUCCACAGUAUGAAACGCUCCUUCUGGAGCCAGAUCCGAUCCCAGUGUACGCUCUGAAACUGCUCGUAGCUUUAACUGAGCAUAGCCCCGCUCUCAACAGGCUCAUUGAAGAAAGCAGUCUCUUACCUGUCAUCUUUCAAGUCAUUUUGGAUCACCAGGACAAUGUACUUGGUGGUACAAUGCAGAAUGCGGUGGCGCUUUUGAAUAACCUGGUUGGUCAUCAAGAAACAGAUGUUCAUCUGCUGUAUAAGGAAGGUCUGGUAGAACUUAUCUGUAAUGUUUUCAUUGAGACAGCAGUUCUCCACAUGGAGUGUGACGAUAAGCACAGCAUGAAGAAUGGAAACAAUCUUCUGCUCUCAUUACUUGAUAUUUUACACAGUAUGCUGAGAUACACUUCCAGUGUUGUACGAAUGGCUCUGCAGGCUCAGAAAUCGGACACAGGAGGGGACACCCAGGCUGCAGAGGACCUCCUGCUUAUCAAUAAGCCCCUGACGGACUUAAUUAGCCUGCUCAUUCAGCUGCUGCCAAGUGGUGACCUUGAGGUAUACGAGGGUGUGAUUCAGUGCCUCUCUCUAUUAGUUCAGCUGUACGGAGGAGACAACCCUGAUAGCAUGUCCCCAGAAAGCAUUCACAGCUUCACAGAGACGUUAAAGACACAGCAGGACCCAAAACAACAGAAGCUACUCCUCAGGAUUAUUAAGCGUUUGAUCACUUCAAACGAGAAACACUUGCAGUGCCUUAAGGAGGGGGCUGAUCUUGUCCACACUCUCCAAAAAAUGUCCCAGGCUGCCAGAUCCCAUGCAGAUGCUGCUGUUGUUGCACUUGCUACUGAAAUCCUGAAAGUCAUUGGGCACUGAUGCUCAGAUGUAAAGAAGCAGGACUCGGGCCUAGAUUUGAGUAGUGUUUUUCAGUUAUCUUUUAAUAAAGAUUCAUGCUGUACAGUUAACUUAUUCAUGUUUGAACUAGAAAUAGGAUUUAUAUAUUUUGUGCUUUAGAAAUUUUAUAAGUAUUUGUUGAAACAUUACUUUCUGGUAGGGUCAUCUAGACUCUGGCUCCUGGGCCUUCAUUUCCCAGUACUCCAGUAAGCAUGGCAGUGGAAAGGAGAGGCAGAGCACCCAACUGGUUUCUCCAUCAUUUAAAACUAAACCAACACCUGUGUUCUGAUUGCUGCCACAUGUGUGCUUGGACAGGUGACAGAUUCAAUUAACUUCCCUGCUCUCUUCACCAGGUGCCAUUAUCUAGUGAUACACCCCCUUUCUGGUCACUUCUUGUAUUACUUGUCAGGCACUUACAAACAUCUGGAGGUUAAGUCCAAUUCUUAAACCUGAGCCAAGUGUGGAAGCCAGAGUUCAAUCUUUAGUUCACAACAUUCAGAACCUAAACUUAGUCAUGUACAUCUUCCCUAAGAUAAUGUAGUGAAAUGCAACUGUUCCAAGACAUGCAACAGUUUAGUUGGAAAUUUAAAACUCUUAUCAGACUGCUAUAGUUCAGCAAUAAUAUUGAAAGGAUGUUAAUACUUUUUAAAUCACGCUAAAAAAUGUUCAUAGCUGACAACUGUCAUUGUAUUUAAAAUAAAAUGGACUUCAUUACCUGCAAGCCUCCAAUAAAGAUUACUUUCAGA